GAAGGGCAAAAUUCAUUUCAAAAUUCUUGAAAAAGAAGAACAGUGAAUACGAUUUUAAAGUGCGUGCCAAAUUAAACCUACUAUCAACCAACUCACCAAAGACUUAGAAUAUUUAAAUAACCGCCAAACAAUGGAACGCAUUUUGAGGGGCAUUAUGCGAUAUCGUAAUACGACUCGCGAACAAAUGGUCAAAGAAUUUCAAAAAGUGCGCGAUAAUCCGGAGCCGAAGGCCGUAUUUUUCACCUGUAUGGACAGCCGAAUGAUACCCACACGCUACACGGACACCCAUGUCGGAGACAUGUUUGUGGUUCGUAAUGCCGGCAAUCUGAUACCGCAUGCCCAACAUUUCCAGGACGAGUACUUUAGCUGUGAACCCGCGGCCCUAGAACUCGGCUGCGUGGUCAACGAUAUUAGACACAUAAUUGUAUGCGGACAUAGCGAUUGUAAGGCCAUGAAUUUGCUUUAUCAGCUCCGAGAUCCCGAGUUUGCCUCAAAGCUGAAUCGGCGACUAUCGCCGCUGCGCUCCUGGAUGUGCACGCACGCGAAUACAAGUCUGAAGAAAUUCGAGGAAUGGCGUGAUGCUGGUAUGAAGGAUCCAUUACUGUUCUCCUCAGAAACGCCGUUACGGCGCUUUGUGGCGUACAUAGACCCGGAGAAUAAGUUUGCAGUCGAAGACAAAUUAUCGCAAAUCAACACGCUUGAACAAAUGUCGAAUGUUGCUUCGUAUGGCUUCCUAAAGGCGCGUCUCGAGUCCCAUGAUUUGCACAUACACGCGCUGUGGUUCGACAUAUAUACGGGCGAUAUCUAUUACUUUAGUCGGGGGGCCAAGCGUUUUGUUGCCGUUGAUGAGAGCAGCUUCGAACGUUUGUCCUCAGAAGUGAGACGUUUCUACUCAUAGGAAGGUGGCAGCCUUUGGAAAACGAUCUGUCUGUGAUAUGUGCAACAAAUUUUAGGCCUUAUUUUUAGCAAAUGAAAAAGCAUUUACAAAAUAUUUAGCAUAAAAUAUGUCUAGCUCUUUGUAAUUAUAAAUGUUUGUUUUUUACAUA